CACGCUGCUGUGUCUCUGAUCUGUAGGAUGGACGGGAAAGCGUUCUUUCUGCUGACUCUAUGCGCGCUAGCCACAACGACUGAAUCCAACAACCCAUUAAACAAACAACUACCGUUGACCAGGGAGAAGACUCAGGAGACCAGUGAGCUAUCUCUUACCCUUGAUGUUGUCACAUUGAAUAUCACGGUGUGCAUACCCCAACCAGGGAACGACAACACCAAGAUUAUAUCAGCAAACGUGGGAGAACCAUCACCGUCCCAACUCUUGUUGACUGUACAAGCCCAGAGGUCCAAACCAAAUUCCCCAUGUAACGAUACUGCCACAGUGUCCUCUGGAUCUGGUGGCACCAAUAGCUCCUGUACAUUCCCAGAACUGUCUGUAAGCGUGGUCAAAGAGACAGAAUCUGGCAAGACUCUCCUCUGUUCCGCCGAUGUUUAUAAUCAGGAGAUGCUGCUGACUGUAGAUACUGUAAAUCGAAAAAUGAGUAAAAGUCCACGUAAAAUUAAUGGGUCAAGUAACACAGCAACAGUGACUGUAAGCCUUGUCGCAAUAAGUAUAAACUCCAUAUCAUACUCCAAGAGUUCCACGGCGGUGUCUAUUAUUGCUCAAGUAACUUGUAGCCCUGCCACUACUAAGAGCAGUACCCACAGCAAGGUACACACAACUACCUCUAGAGCUGGCACCAUUGUUAAGACAACCGUUAGAAGACAAGUAACCUUUUCCGGCAAUGAGACCAGCCCUCGACCAGUGGCCCCCAAUACCACAGUGGUCUACCCUCGUAAAUCAACCACUCACAAACAUGCAUUAACCACCACUGCAGCCAACUCUAUCGCAGGAUCCAGUGUGUGUCCCCUGACUAAACUGCUACUGCUGGUUCUGCUUCCAAUACUCCUCAACUGAUUCACCAACGGCUGCACUCUCAA